AGUUGUGUCAAGUAUCAACUCCUUGAUGACGCCGCUCUUCACCAGUUGACAUUUGCAAUAUCAGUUUUUCAUGCUUAUGGCCACCAAUGGGCGUGUCAAAUUAUAUACCACCCUCGUAAGUGUGAAGGCUUUGGCCUUUUGGAUGGAGAAGGUUGCGAGUGUUUAUGGAGCGCACUCAAACAUCUUAUUGCUCCCUUACGUGUUUCUGGGUUUCAUCAGCGACUUUUUGUCCUUGACACUCCAGUCCGGCAUCUGGAUAACAAGAACCUUGUUUCAUGUGGCAACUGGUUGAGCUGGAGGUGGAAUAACUGUGUCAAGAGGAAGACUAAUGCAAUGCAAGCUCUGCGUGAGCUUUCAGUGGAUGAGACCUAUGUCCGUCAGGAGUGGAAAUCACAAGUCGAUCAUCAGACGAGACCCCUGCCUCGUAAG